AUGUUAAAAGGGCCCAAAUCGUUGCUGACGUCGCUAACUGACACCGAUCUGACAAACUUUUACGUUAGAGCGUCAGUGAGCCACAAGAACAAGGUGGCAGCCCGCCUGUGGCAGCAGCGUUGGGGGUUCUACAGCCGGCUGCGAGAGGUCCAAGAAGAAGAGGCACUUCGAUUGGGAUUCUCUCUGGAGGAAUAUCGAGCUGCGAUUCGUUCGGUGAGCUGUCAACCGGAACCUAAGAUAUUCCCCGUCGAUGUGGCGCCGUCUCCUAAACCACUACCACCAACUUCCACUGGUAUGAUCGGACGACGUGCGCAAUGUCCGCUGGAGCGCUACGGGCGACUCGUGAAGACUCCUCGAGACUACCCCACGCGGCCGCCGCUGCCGCCUGGACAAGUAUACGACCCCUACAAGCAGACUAUUGUAUUCCUAGGGUCGGUGAUAGGCGACCCGAUAUCAUACAAGUUGCCACCGGCGAGAAGCGAGAUACCCGACGAGGUGUGGGCGGAACCGCGACAACUCUCCGUCACACAGCUCAACCCAGAGGUCUUAGAACGAGUGAUGCGUGGAUAUUGACAGACCCCCGACCCAGACAAUUCAAUGCAAGAAAAAGACGGUAGCAGGAACUUGUGUAAUAUUCCAGUCUUUAUGCAUCCUUUCCGAAAAAUGUAUGUACACCCAGUCGCGAAAAGUAGGGGUUUUGAAGCUUUUCGUGAUCGCCUUAGAAUGCUCCCAGUACUAUUGUGUUGAAAAAAAAAAACAAUAGUAACUAUAGUUUCAAUAUCGAUAGCACAAUCGAUAUAUUAGGAAAUUCACUAAUUACGGAAUUCUGUAAUUUGGACACAUAUACAAAAAAAAAUACUUGAGUUUUAUAACUUUACAAUAUGUUUACUGUUGGUAUACCUAUUUAAAUAAAUAAAAUAAAAUUCACCUUUACUAUCGAUAGUGCUAUCGACACAGUGCACCGUGUUUAUUUUAUUUAUUUAUAC